AAAAAAAUUUUUAAUUUUGAAAAGCCAAAGAAAUAAUCAUAUAUAAUAUUUUUGGAAAAAAUUUAACGAACACACUAAACUGGAAAACAUGAAAGGAUGUUCAAAAGUCGCGUCAACAAUAACAAUUGUGUUCCUAAUUUUAGCCAAAAGUGUCGGCGGUUUUAACUCUGCCUCUGAAAAAUCGAAUCAACACGUUAGCAAGCAAAACAGAGAAAACGUAAAUAACAAUGGCAGCAAGACAGACACACAUCGUCUCGCAAAACGGAUGGAUUUGGAAUUAUGUUUAGGUCAAUUUGAUAUCCAUCAAAAUACUAUCAUACGUACCGGUGAAUCGCAGGCCAUAGGUGGUAAAUAUUUGCAAGGCUUGGAAUUGGAUACAAUAGAAGAAUGUCAACGUUUGUGUUGUGAGACGGAAUCAUGCGACGUUUACAUAUUUGAGAAUAAGAACAACGGCUAUUGCUAUUUAUUCGAAUGCGGAUCACCGGAAAAUUUUCAUUGUAAAUUUACGCGCCACGCCAAUUAUACAAGUGCUGUACUGACACCCGUAGUGAAACAUGUCAGUGAGAUAGUCACAUCACGCCCAUCUGCGCCUCCAACACAGAGCGUCAUCUCAAAAAUAUCGCAACAAGAAUGGGAAUUAACGAAUUUAAAACUGAAACAGGAAACGCAAAAGAAAAAUUUCGAAUUCCCUCCACCCACCAAAAGUGCAAGCAAUAUAAUCAAACCCGAUAUACAAAGGAUUCCAGGAGUGUCAGUGAAUAAUGUCCAAACAAUCGAUUCCACCUCUGGCAGUAUACAGGCAAAAUUACUUAAUGUCACACAAACCUGUGGUCGUUUUCAAUUCGCUUGCCAUUCCGGAGAAUGCAUAGCAGUAUAUAAUGCUUGUGAUGGUAUACCUCAGUGUGACGAUGGCAGUGACGAGGGAAUUGAGUGUUCUAAUGCUAGUAACAAUGCCGGAGUUGCUGGUGCGGCUUCUAACACUAAAUUAGAACAAAAAAAUGCCGCUAUGAACACAAAAUCCUUACCCCUUGCUAACCAGUAUCAAUCUGCAGCUGCAAUGCAACAAGAAACUCCUCAACAACAGCUACAAAACAUGCAGCAGCAACAGCAACAGCAACAACAAAAACAAUCUCAUAACACAUUAGACAUAAAACAUUCGGUGAAUAAUCGCGAAGAUGCCAAUGCUUGGGAAAAUCGCAAAGUUGUCUUAACUUCUCAGCAACAAAUCGAAGACAGUAACGUUGAAAAUGAUGGAACAAUUUCGAAUGCAGAUAAACCUAACGUUAAUGCCCAUGUCUUGUACAAUGCACCAUCUAACGCAAAUGACGACACAUUUACUGCUUAUGUAAGCGAUAAAAGCGAUAAAAAUGGUGUUCAUAGCUCAACAUUGGAACAGAGUGGACUUUACGCCCCUCAAGCGCCGAUUUAUCAGCCAAUUAUUAAUCAGGAUCACCUAAUGCCACCCGCUAAGAGUAAUUGGCAGCAGCAGGCAAUUAUUAAUCGUGAGCAGCAAAAUCAACAAUCACAAUUGAAUCUUCCGGGGCAACAGCAACAAAUGCCAGUUGUUCCUGAAGAAACGAAUUACGUGCAACAAUCACAAAAAUUAGCUAUCGCAGAGGACGAACAGAGAGAGCAUCAGACAAAAGUGUCUUCUUUAAGUGGUCUAACUAAGCAAAACAAACCUCCUUCGAUACCCGGAAUCAAUGAGUUAAAUUCUGUUGACAAAGUUGAUAAAGUACCACACGAAAAUCUCGUGGGAAAUUCAUACGAAUAUGACGAUGAGGAAGAAAAAUCGACAGAGCCUCCCAAAAAAAAGCCCCGCAAACAUAGGAAAACCAAAAGUAAAUCAGUGAAAAGCAUAGAGUACGCUGUACAAAAGUUUCAAACUCCAUCGGAAACAGCAGCAAUGGCCGUGCAUCACAAUGCUGCAGCAGCUGCUUAUGCUCCCGUCCAUGAACAAUAUAAAGUAAUCCAUGAAAAUUUAGCUAUGGAGUUCCGUGAUCAUGAUGGCCUAUCCGACAGACCGAGUGGCGCCGUCCUAUCAUUAACGUUGGGCGUCCUAAUAACCGCCGCUCUGGCCAUUUUGAUUGGUUGCCGCCUAAGAACUGUGGGUCGGAGAGCUCGUCGCCUGGGCGGCAAAACCCCUUACGCGCACGAAGCUGAUUUCUUGGUGAAUGGCAUGUACUUGUAAUUAUUUCAAAACAUGUAAAAUAAAAAAAAUAAAUAAAUAAAUAAAUAAAUUUUUUAUAAACGCUUC